UUGUGCCCUUAUUCAAAAUAGUGAUUGAAGCCUUAGCCAAAGCAAUAGUCAAGAUAAUUUUCUUUAAGUAGGAAAGGAAGAAGUUGAACUAUCUCUAUUUGGCAUGGUCCUACAUUUAAAGGACUCUAAAAAUUCUACCAAAAAACUCUUAGACCUGACAAACACUCAAAAAAAAAAAAUAGAUCACAAAAUCAAUAUCUAAAAUCAGAUCAGUACUUUUCCUAUACACUUAUAAUCGUGAACUUGUAAAGAAAGAAGAAAAACUCCUAUUUAUAACAGCUCUUAAAAAAACAGUAAUAAAUCUCCCAAAGGAGAUGAAAGUUUUCUUCAAGGAAAACUUUCAAAAGACUAAAGAAAGAAAUUGAAUAUGAUAUCCAAAGGUGGAAAGACCUCCCAUACUCAUGGGCUGUGAAAGUGAAUGAAACAGUGAAAGCCUCUUAUGGAUUUAAUGCAGUCCUCAUCAAAAUUUCUCAUAAAUAAAAAAAACCCCUAAAAUUUGUAUAAAAAUACAAAAGACUUUGAAUAUCUCAAAUAAUCCUUAGCCAAAUGAACAAUGCUAUAAGUGUACAACGAGCCAUCUCAAAUUAUGCUACAGUGCCAUAGUAACAAAUGAACUGGUACUAAGCCCCAAACAGACAUGUAAAAUAGCAUAGAGAAAGCAGAAAUAAAUCCACACAGCUACAGCCCCUUGGAGAAAUGACCACCUCUUCAAGACAUUGCUCUGGGAAAACUAGAUAUCCAUGUAAAGAAGAGUGAGCUUAUUUCUCACACUGAACAACAACAACAAAAAAAUUCAAAAUAUUUUAAAGCCUUUAUUUUAGGACCUGAAACCUUGAAAUUGCUAGAAGAAAACAGGAAAAACACUUCCAAGAUACAGGCAUAGGUGAAAGAUUUCAAAAAAGGAAUUCCAAUAGCUCAGGAAAUAAUUGGGGAAAAUUGACAAAUGAAAUUUAAAAGAUUCUACAUAGCAAAGGAGACAGAAGAACAGGAGGAAUCCUUAACCAGCAAUCCUCUGACAAGGGCCGAUGUCAGAUAAAGAACUCUGAAACCUAAACUCCCAAGUCAUCCAUUCAUAGACUAAAGAGCUGGAGACUUCUGCCUGGAAUCCUAAUGGCCAAUAAGUAUUUGAAAAGAAAAAAAAGGUCUGGCAUUAUUAGCCUUCUAGGGAGUGCAAAUAAACUCUUUGUGGUCAUAUAAGCCUGUGAGAAGGCUAGCUGCAAGAAGACAAAAGGCAUGCUGGUCAGAAUGUCAAAAGUGGAGCCCUUAAUCACUGCUGGGGCAGCCUGGAUGAAGAGCUCCUGGGUGCUCACAGCAGAGAACCUAAGUCCACACACCUCUGAGACACUUGCAUGGCUGUUUGCUGCCUUCUACUCAUAAUAGCCACCACACAGAUCCAGUUUAGACAUUUGUCACUAGGUGAUGGAUAAAUAAAACAUGGUAUAUAUACCACUGAAGGAAGUGAUUUAGUUGUAAAGAUGAAAACUAAUUUUUGCAGGAAUAUGGUCAUAGUGAACAAAAUAAGCCAGAUUGAAAAGGUAAGUAUCCGAUUUUCCAUCACAAGCCAGAAUACAGAUUUAAAUACAUGUAUUUCACAUCAUAACUGUAGGACGUGAAAACGGAAGGAGGACUAUCUGGGAGAGGGGAGGGGAUGAGGAAGAGGGCGGGAGAAGUACAAAGGAGCGUGGACAACAGCCAAGAGCAAACACAUGAUUUAUGUGUGAAGACAUCAUAAUGAAACUCAUUGUUUUGCAAGCAAACCAUAAUAAAUAAAUUUAAGAGUGGGGUGGCGGUGGCCCGAUUGGCUGGGAUGCAGUGUCCAUGGCUAGCAGCUGGGGUAGGGGCUUUGUCCAGCUCAGAGCAAGGCGAGGCCCUCUAGACAUCUGCGCGGUGGUGGCAGAGACGCAGCGGCAGCCAGAGAGGCAGGAUGGUCUCAGGGUCACUUGCCGCCAGCGGGCCUGGCGGAGUGUGUAGGGCAUAGGCAGGCAGGGAGAUUGCAGCUUCUCAAUCACAGCAGGACUCUGGUGAAAAACACAUUGCACAUUUAUGGCGAUUCCGAAUUUGAGAGUCAAUUUCUGCCAGGCUCAGCACAGCAAUUUCCAUGACAAGUGACCUUGGGGAUUCUAUGUGCCGUGUUCAACUGCGCCUUGAAGACUCUGGACACGAGGCUGUCGUCAAAAGUAACUGCAAGUAUAUUUCAUUUAAUGACUCUGGUAAAAUCAAACAUCAAGUAAACAAAGGCGGAAGACAACCAUCACUGUUGUCUCGCUAGUGUCUAAAUGUAGGCCGGGUAGGUGAGUUCGGUAUGUAGCUGGCUGUUUCUGAAGUCUGAAGGUAUCCAUCUGCAGACGCUAAGGCCCAGGUUGAAUUUGAAUGAAUUUAAAUACUUCUGCCUUUCUUGAAGAAGCUUCAUACAGAGUAAACAAACCGAAUAAAGAAAAUAAAGAACGACAAUAGACCUUUUGGUGAUCUUAAUGUUUUCGCUUUCCCAUCACACACGCAGGCACACUCUCAUUUGCCAUAAUGAAUCAUACAGCCCCAGUGGAGAUCUGCUAUGACAACAUGCGUUUUCUGAUAACUCACAACCCUACCAAUGCUACGAUGCACAAGUUCACAGAGGAACUUAAGAACUAUGGAGUGACAACCCUGGUCAGAGUUUGCGAUGCCACGUAUGAUAAAGCUCUAGUUGAAAACCGUGGCAUCCGCGUUCUAGACCUGCCCUACAACGACGGAGCCCCACCCCCUGAUAACAUAGUGGAUGAUUGGCUGCACCUGUUAAAAAGCAAUUUCCGUGAGGAACCAGGUUCCUGUGUGGCAGUGCACUGUAUGGCAGGGCUGGGAAGGGCUCCUGUGCUGGUGGCACUGGCUUUGAUCGAAUGUGGAAUGAAGAAUGAAGACGCAGUUCACUUUAUCCGGCAGAAACGAAGAGGCGCGUUCAACACCAAGCAGCUGCUUUUCUUGGGGCAGUAUCGACCCAAGAUGCGGACCAGGUCGCGGUUGCGCUUUAGGGAUUCCACGGUGCACUGCUGCAUUCAGUAGGAUACAAGCCAAGGCUUUCUCCACUGUGGCUUUGAGAUGGAACUCUGAGCACCUGGAAUGCAGUUCUGGAAUCUUUCCUGUGUCAUCAAUGAGUAGGGGAUUCAAUGAACUGGUGCCGAAGCCAACAAUGGAGAA